AUGGACCACGACAAGACAGGAUGCCAAAGUCCACCCGAAGGUCCAAAGCUAUGUAUCAACAACUGCGGUUUCUUCGGAAGCGCUGCCACAAUGAACAUGUGUUCAAAGUGUCACAAGGAUAAGUUGUUUCAACAAGAACAAGGGGCUAAGUUUGCAUCUGCAGUAUCUGGAACAUCAUCAUCAUCCAACAACAUCGUAAAGGAAACCCUUACUGCUGCGUUGGUCGAUGUUGGAACCAAAUCCAUUGAGCCGAUGGUUGUCUCCGUACAGCAAUCUUCUGUCCAAGUCGUUGCAGAGGUGGUAGCAUCAGAAGAAGCUGCAAAACCAAAAGGACCAAGCCGAUGUACUACUUGCAAUAAGCGGGUUGGUUUAACUGGAUUCAAAUGUCGCUGUGGUAACCUCUUCUGCGGAUCACACCGUUAUGCAGACAUACAUAACUGUUCCUUCAAUUACCAUGCUGCUGCACAAGAAGCUAUAGCUAAAGCAAACCCAGUUGUGAAAGCAGAGAAGCUUGACAAAAUCUGA